UAUACGUGGACGGACGACGAGUGCUGAUUAUUCGAAUAUAGUCGACUGGGGAAGUGUCGAAUAUCUCGCGCUCACAGAAGGUUUCUUUGUUGCCGCCAAUCGGGACUGUCAUCAGUCAACAAUUGUGCCUCGCACCGAUCGCAUCCACAGAGCUAGACCCUAUACUCAUUAUACAAUAUAUAUAUAAAUUAUACCCAUUGGACUUAGCCGUAAAAUUGGUGAAAUGACUGCAAAUUUGCUUGUGGCGACCCUAAGUCUGUGCCUACUGCAGUCGGGAAUCGCAGAGGGUUUAUCUCUGUCGUUUGGAAACAUCACACUCUUUAAUGUGAACUUCAAGUCGCCCAGCUUUUUGGGUCGCUCAGUAGCCGUGGACAGCAAUCUGCGGAUCGAAAACGACGUGGAUCCCAAUAUACAGGAGGAUUCACAUUUGAAUACUUACAGUCUUAUUAAAAAAUAUGGCUACCCGGCGGAGAAUCAUACCGUGGAGACGGACGAUGGCUAUAUACUCACCCUGCACAGGAUCGCUCGUCCUGGAGCAACUCCAGUGCUCCUCGUACACGGACUACUGGAUAGCUCAGCCACUUGGGUGAUGAUGGGACCCAACAAGGGACUUGGUUACCUGCUCUACGAUCAGGGCUACGACGUCUGGAUGGCCAAUGUGCGGGGCAACACAUACUCGAGGAAGCACGUGAAGUAUAGCACCCACCACGCCAAGUUCUGGGACUUCACCUUCCACGAGAUGGGCAAGCACGAUAUCCCCAGCACCAUUGACUAUAUACUGAACGCCACGGAGGUCAGUCAGCUGCACUACAUCGGCCAUUCCCAGGGCACGGUGGUGUUCUGGAUCAUGGCCAGUGAGCGACCCGAAUAUAUGGACAAGAUCGUCCUGAUGCAGGCCUUAGCCCCAGUGGCCUACCUAAAGCACUGCCGGAGUCCUGUGGUCAACUUCCUGGCCGAGUGGCACCUUUCGGUGAGCUUGGUUCUCAAGAUGAUUGGCGUGCACGAGUUUCUGCCGAAGAAUGAGUUCAUCAGCAUGCUCAAUCGGAUCAUUUGCGACGAGACGACCAUCACGAAGGAGAUCUGUUCGAACGUCAUCUUCCUGACCACCGGAUUCGACAAGCUCCAGCUGAACGAGACGAUGCUCCCGGUGAUCGUGGGUCAUUCUCCGGCCGGAGCUUCCACCAAGCAGAUGCAGCACUUCGGGCAGCUGAACAGGUCGGGGGCCUUCCGGCAGUACGACUAUGGAUGGCUGAGGAACCACUGGCGUUACGGCACCAUCGAGCCGCCCAAUUACCAACUGGAGAAUGUCAGGGCCAAGGUGGCCCUGUACUACGGACAAAACGACUGGCUGGCCCCACCGGAGGAUGUGGAAAUGCUGCACAGGGAACUGCCCAAUGUGGUGGAAAAGUAUCUGGUGGAAGACAAGGAGUUCAACCACCUAGAUUUCAUCUGGGGCAUCGAUGCCAGGGAACUGCUGUGGGACCGAAUGUUGGAGAACAUGAGAAAUCAUGAGAAUUCUAUUAUCUAAAGGGGUAUAAUAUAACAAAAUAGUUUUAAUUUAAUUAUUCACAGUAUGUUAUGCGUUAGUGCGAUUUAUAGAUAGGUAUUUAUUAUGUUGUAGAAAUUAAAGAGAGGUUCCAAUGAAGAAAUACAAUAAAAUACAAUACAAAUACAAUACUAUUACUUAAAA